GGCGGAAACAUGGGGGGAAGCAUGGGGGGAAGCAUGGGCGGCGGUGGCAGUGUGGAGGAGAUAGAGUACCCCCUGUCCCCCCGCUCUCUCUCUGGGCGAUUCCUGGGGAUGGUGCUGGAGGAGGUCGCUGAGGGGGAGGAGGAGGAGGCGCAAGGGGAGGGGGAGGGAAGGGAAGAUGCGGGGAAGGGGAAGCAGCAGGGUUGUGCAGGCGGCAGCAGGCAGAAAGGCACAGGGGUGCGCCAAAGCCCCUUUCAGCAGCAGCAGCAGCUGCAGCAGCAUAUACUCUUGAAUCGGCCGCGCACCGGUGAGUCGAUGGGCAGCGAGAGGCGCAGCUUCGACCGCUUCCAGGAGGAGCACUUUCAGGCGCAGCGCUCCGAGGUCUCCACCCUCUCAGGUCGAUCCGAAGGAACGCUCUCAGGCCGGUCCGAGGGGGUUUCGACCCAGUCAGGGCGGUCCGAGGGGGUGCUCUCAGGGCGGUCCGAAGGGUCCCUGUCCGACUGGUCGGAAGGGGAAGGGGCGCAGGUUCCGGCCAGACGCUCCUGCUCCGCACGGGAACUGGAGAGAGCUGACCGGGAUGGGGAGGUGUCUGCAGGAGAGGCGGAGGUGUUGCCACGAGAGGGCCAGAGCAGGGCGCGGUUGACGCAGACUUGGGCGAGUAGCGUGGAGCAAUAUGGUGUGGAUAGGAGGGGCGGGGCACAGCGGUAUAGCAAAGAGGGAGGAGAGAGGGAGAGGGCGGUUGGGGGAAGGAGUGGGGCGGGUUGUAUGGAGGGGGAAGCAGAGAUGCUUCAGGGUGCGAAUCUGGAAGAUGAAUACCUGCCGCUCAAGAGAGGGCCUGGGUGGUCGCCCCAACAGCAGCAGCAGCAGCAGCAGCAGCAGCAGCAUGGUCGUCCACUUGAGAUGAUGGGAGAUGCACAGGAGGAGCCAAGGGCGCAUGGGCAAAGGAUGGUGCUGGAGGCUGAGGGCCAGGGGGAGCAGGGCGGGGGAGUACAAGGGGCCGAGCAACGAACAGACCGGCCAGGGAUCCAAACAGGGAUCUUUUGGCAAAGAGGGAAUGAGGGGAUUCGAGAGGUGCAGCGUGAGGAGGAGUCCAGUCGGGAAUACGAGCAGGUGACUCGUGGAGCCGCUGAGGUGCCGCACGAGCCGCCCAGUGGGUCGAGCUUGCCGCCCGAUGGGUUGUGUUUGCCACCCGAUGUGGCGUGCAACUCGGUGCUGAUUCCCAACGAGAUGCGCAUUGGGGACGAGCUGGCGAUCCGAUUCUCCCUCUCCAACAACUCGCCCCACCCCAUGGAUGGAGAGGUGGAGGUGGUGGCAGCAGUGGAGUGGGCGGGUGAGAGCGACAGAGAGGGCGACAGUGGGAGGGGAGCUUUCACCCCGGCAUCGAUCAAGCGAGGGGGCGAUAGAGGAGGGAGGCGGCAGAGGAGGGAGAAGCGGGAGUUCCUGCCGCCCCUCGCGCCCCACGAGAGUGUCACCAUCGACGUCCAGCUGGCGAUCGAUGAUUCGUCCGUGGCUCCCUUCUCCCUCGCGUCGGUGUCUGCUGAGCUUGUUGUGGAGGGGCAGCGCACCCACAAGCGGCGCAAGCAGGUGCGUCUGGUGCCGGGCUAUGCGCCCUGCAUGGCAGCCCAGGACAGCGGCACGGGGCAGUGGGCGCUGGGCGCCCGCCAGCAGCAGCAGGGGGGGGGCGAGGGGCAGUGGGCCGAGGUGCUGCUCCUGACGGACGAGCGGCUCACGCACAGCCAAUAUGCCGCAUGGCGGUCGAUCUGGUGCCUCCUGGGGUUGCACCAUGCAGUGUGGGACAUCCGCCUGCAGAAGGGGCUGCUGGCACCAGACGCCACCACACCGCCCGGAGCAUCAUCACCAUCAGCACCUGCCGGGGACCCCAAGUCGCCCAACCCUCGAUCACCCAAGCCCAGAUCACCACAGAGCAGCAGAGACGAGCCUCCAGGAUGGCUCUCCCGCCACGCGCUUGUGGUGCUCCCACACGCGCCCCCCGCCUCCAAGCUGCCCCCCCUCCUCCUCCGUGUGCUACCGCAGAUGGUGGCAACCAGGGGAGGUGUAUAUGGGGCCGAGACCGUGGGUGUGCUUAUAGGGGGCGUGACUGCGGGGCAGUUAUCCCGGCAUAUGCUGGAGCUGGCGCAGACGGUCAGGACCCUGGAGGUGCCGCUUAACCUGAGCGUAAAAAACUUGAAGCACCUGAGGCACCUGAAGCAGCACCUGAAGGAGUUGACCCCAGGUGGUGGAGGAGUGGCUUCUGCUGGUGGGGUGAUGUCGUGCUUCCUGCCGUUUGGUCAGAGGAGCCCAAGAGGUGGGACUGGGAGCGGCACCGGUGGCAGUGGUGCGGCCCUGGUUGCCACUGCACAAGCACAGAAGCUCAGGGAUGAUUUGCGCGGCGAGUUUCCUGAAUAUCGUCACUUUGUGGAGGUGCAACUUCUGCAGGAGCAGCAGCCGCGGCAGCAGCUGACGCAGCAGCAGAAGAAGCAGCAGACGAAGCAGCAGAGGAAGCAGCAGGAGAAGGAUCAGAAGGAGCAGCACGAGGGAGGGGGCAGCGUGGCUCGAGUGAGAGUCUUUCGAGGCCACCUCCCCUCACUCUUCCGCCUUCACGCCCUCCCCCCCGCUGCUGACGUCACUCUGCCAUCCACUUCCGAUACUCUCGCCGCCCCCCUGCCGACCACUACCUGCCAACCCACCGCCACCCACUCCCUCCCCUCCUUUCCCUCCUCCUCCCCCCCCAGCCUCUCCCGACCUCCCCGCUUCUCCACAUCAUCCGAACCUCCGGAACUCAGCCUGGUUCGGGAGAGGUCUGGAGGGAGGCUUGGGGGGGGCGUGCGAGGGAGGGUCGGGGGAUAUUCCAGGGAUGGGGAAGCGGAGGGGAGUGAAGUGGGGGGGGCGGAGGCUUUUAGCUAUGGCGGUAUGGCAUCACCUACAGCAUCCGCAGGAGCAUCAGCAGGAGCAGCAGCAGGGGGAGGGGGGGGGUCUGUUGGUGUGGCGCUGAGCAGUCCCAGGGGUGUUGCCAUCCCUCCCAACUGCUACCGUGCGUGGAUUCAGGGCCAGGGGCUGGGGCAAGGGCAGGGUUUAGGGUUGGAGCAGGGACCUGGUUUGGGGCUUGCUCAGGGUCAGGGAGGGACUCCAGGAAAACAUGGUAACCGGCUCUUCUACUCCCUCCCCUUUGGGCCUGCAAAGGGGAAGGCGAGUGGGGGGGGCUGGGAAGGGAUAAAGGCACUAGGCGGAGGGGCGAGAGGGAAUCCGAGUGGUAACACGAAAGCUGCUGAUUCUAGCGUGAAUGUGCCCAAGUCUUGGUCUGACAUGCCGAGGAGCCAGAGGGGCGGGAUGGCAGCGGCGGCAGGUGAGGGCAUGGCUGGGGGGAUGCUGUCCAGGAAGGCGUUGACUGAUGUGUCGGACAGGCUGCGGCUGGGGAAGGGCGAUCUGAGGCGGCUGGGACGGCAGCGCGAAGAGGGGCAGUGGACGGAGCAGGAGCAGCCGUGGCAGCUGCAGCAGCAGCAGAUGCAGCAGCAGCAGCAGCUAGGAAUUCAGCAGCAGCAACAACUACUACCUCAGCAGCAACGGAAGCAGCCGAAGCAGCAGCCGGGCCUACCCCCACUCUCCCCUCGGCCCUCAAUAAACCUCCCCCUCCCACCCACUCAGCCUUGGCAACAGUUACCGUUGCAGCAGCAGCAAACAGCCUUCCAGCAGUCUCUGCCCCUCGGCCCCCACUCUGUUGCUCCCCCCAGGCUGUCAUCUGAUGGCUCCUGUGCGUCAGGCCCAGUGUUUCACGAUACGCACUCCCACCCCUGGCAGCAAGAACCAGCACUGCUCCACCAGCAGCACCAGCAGCACCAGCAGCACCAGCAGCAGCAGCAGAUGCAGCAGCAGAUGCAGCAGGUGCAGCAACAGGUGCCAUCCUCUGUCUGGGUAGCAGGUAGCUUCAGUGACUCAGAUGGUUCGGCCGGGCAGCAGCAGCUACGCACCACCCACUCUCUCCCACACCACUUCCGUACCCCGGCUGCCGAGCUUGGGUUCGCUGGUUCGGGGGGCAGCAGCGGGGAGAGCUUCUGGGGCAGCGAUGGGGGGGCGGGUGACGGCCGGAAUGCACAUGGCGGCACGAACUAUCUGAACGUCCAUCAGCAGGCCCCCCCUGGCAGUACUGGUUACCACAAGAAUCAACAGUAUGGCAGCAGCAGCAGCAGCACAGGGUAUCGCAACGAGGUGCUAGGUGGUGGUAGCGUUGAUGAUGAUAGGGGUUACGAUGGUGGUCCUUCUGCUGCUGCUGCUGCUGCUGCUGCUGCUGCAGGUGGUGGUGCUGUUGGUGGUGGUGGCGGUAGAGCAAGAAGAGGGCAGGCAAGGGGCCCAUCCAAGGGCAAGAAGGUGUUGAGUGGCCCGCUGCUGUCCCGGGGCAAGAGGCACGGCAACAGGCGCGCUUGGAUGGGGCGGACAGGGGGGAGCAGAGGGGAUGGAGGGGGAGACAGUGGGGAGGGGCACGCUUGGGGGGAUGGGGAGAGGGGAGCAGGUGAGGGAGAAGGGUCUGGGCAGCAUGUUAGCAGCAUGAACAGUGACAUGCACAUGAACAGUAACAUGCACAUGAACAGUGACUUGCACAUGAACAGUAACGCACAGAUGAGCAGUGCUGCUGACAUGCAGAAGAUGAUGUCCAUGAGCCUGCCUGGGUCUCUCCUCCAGGCAUUCAACCCCGGCGGUCAGUCCACCCCCUCCACCCAUCCAUCCACCGUGCGUCGCACCUACACCGACAACUCUAGAGCCUCCUCCCAGCCCUGGCACCACCACCACCAGCACCAGCAGGGGCAGCAGCAGCAGCAGCAGGGGCAUCAGGGGCAGCAACAACAGUUCCUGCAGCAGCAGCUGCACCAGCAGCAGCAGCUGCCGCAGCAGCCGCAGCAGCAGCAACUGUUUGUGCAGGAACAAACAGAUCCGAGCCCAAGCCAGUCAGGCAGGCUCGGAAACAGCCUCGGCAGGGUCCCGAGGCUGAUUCCCCUGGGCGGGGAAGGCUCGGAGUACGGAGCUUCGGUGAUGGGCGUGCUGGCAGCGCUGCCCAUGCAGGUGAAGGUGGAUGUGGUGUUCAGAGUGGUGCAGUGGGGUGCCAGCCACUUUGACUUACCGUCAUUUGAGGGGUUCGUGGGAACGAAGCCGAAGCGCCUCCCCCUGCUGCUGCUGGUGUCGCUGGCUAUUUAUGAGGAUUUGAUACUGGAUGUGCACAGCGGGUGGCGUGACAUGCCGCACUGCGCCGCCCUGCUGCAGGUGAUAGAGAGGAGGGAGCGGGCGGCGGCACCUGUCUGGGACUGGCCGCCCACUCAGCCGUGUGUGGAUGCGCUGAUGGCGCCGCUCAUGCUGCUCCACACCAACCAGAUGCUGCCACGUGUCACCAGUUCCUCUUCUGCUUCCUCCCCCACCUCCUCUUUCCCUUAUUCCUCCUCUUCUUCCUCAUCUAUCACGCUCACACCAGACCAGCAAGCAGCAGCAUCACAAUACGUGGCACGGGCGGCAAAGCUCUUUGGCGCUGACGUGGUACCUGCUGACGUGUCGAUGCCAGAUGGCUGCCAGCUGGCGGGCAUCCGGCAGCAGCUGGAGGAGGCGCGGGCGGUGCUGCAGCCUCAUUGGUGGGAGGAGAACCGGGCGGCAGAGGAGGAGGUGGGGGUGGUGGUGGUGGAUGGGGAGGGGGAAGGAGGGGAGGUGUGAGGAGGGCGGAGUGAGACGGCUGGGCCGGGGUUGUAGGCUUGGAGGGUGGAGGCGGGUGUGGGAGGCGAAUGCCCAACAAUUUCUCAUCCGCCUCGAAAAGAUACUCCUCAUGCGGGUGGGAAGUGAAUGCCCAACAAAUUUUGCUGGCAAUUGAGGCGUGAAAGUAACAACGGGUGUGCUUGUUUGAUGGCAAGUGAGGGGCCCGCAGCUUGCAGUGGCUGGGGAAGACACUUUGUCAUUCAUUUGGGUUGGGGGCUACACAUGUUAACGUAGAAACGAAUGAUUACUAGAGGUGGAAACCUAGAACAAAUACUAGUUGGUUGUACUCACUAGAAGCAUACCUCAGUCUAGCCUAUAACUUCUACAUAGAUAAUAUGUAUAAGUUGACA